GGUCAGAUUGACAGUUGGUCAGAUUGACAGUUGGUCAGUUGGUCAGAAUCCUCACAGAGUGACAGGUUUGUUCGGUCUCCAGGAGACAUGAAGACACAGGAGUCAGCAGUGAGACAGAAAUAAAGGAUGAAGAGUGAAAAGAGGAAGAGACACCUGAUGAAAAAUGACAUCACAGUCCAGGUGGAGAGGGGCGGAGUCAGGCAGGCUGUCAGAGGAGUCCUCCACAGGUCAGCGAGGCGCUCUGACCUCAGCAGGUGGAGAAAGGUCAAAGGUCACCUGUUGGAUGGGGGGCAGAGCCUGCUGGCGUUUGCUUCAGGGCUGCUGUUGGCGUCUCUGUACGGAGUCACGGCUCUCUUCCUGCAGAAACAGCCUCUGUGGUUGUGCGUCUACACCACGCUGACCGUGGCCGCCAUGGCUGCCUUCGGUAUGGGACUGUCAGCCAGCGUCCGCGCCGACGUCUCCGUGCUGCUGCCGUCACUGUGCUCAGGUCACGGCAGGAAGUUCCUCUUCUUCCUGUUUGUGUCGGUGCUGCUGAACGGUCCUCUCACCAACACGUUAGAAAACACUGAGCGUGCCGCCGCCAGUCUGCUGUGUGGCGCCGAGCUGGCAGCCAAUCAAACACAGGAACUGAUGCAGAGAGCGGCCACACCCCUUUUCUCUGUGUUGGACAGAAUCAGAGAGAUCAGCAGUAACGCUCACGCUGUCGCAGGAAGAGUUCAGGACUUCUUUGACGCUCUGACUGACAGCGUCCGCCAUGUUGCUCGCACUCUAAGGAACGUUCUCCACUUCCUGGUGCACAUUGGCGAUGUGUGCAACGCCACACUGGGUUCCCCGUACAAGAAGUGCCGGGCGGUGUUCGCCGAGGCUCGAGCCGACUGCUCCGACCUGCUGGGAGAAUUCAACUUCCUGUGUGAUAUCGUGGACGGCUUCCUGCCGCUCUGUGGCCUCGCUCGCGCCGGAGAGCUUUUCUGCACCAUCCCCUCGUACAUCGCCAGCCAUCUGAGGAAACGUCUGGCAGCUCCCGCCGUCGCAGCGUUUGAGCGAAUGAAGCGGGAGUUUGACUUCAACAUCUCGGCCUCGGUGACCUUUGACGUGGACGCCAACAUCAGCCGCUCUCUGCAGCAGGUGUCUCAAGACAUCAUGGACGAAUUUUCAUCUGAGCUGCAGGUGUUUCAGAAGCUGAGCGAACCGCUGGUCUACGGCGGCCUCGUCCUGCUCGCAUGCUCCUUCAUGAGGGCAGUGUGGUACAGACGCAGGUAUCUCCGUGAGCUCGACUUUGAUAACUUUUACAUCACUGCUCAGUUCGAGGAGAUCGACCGACAGGUGACCUCAAGGGGCGGGGCCUCAGUCCUGCCAAUCACACGCAGAGAGGCCAGGACCUACAUCACACCACUGUCGUUUCACCUGACGUCCCGGGAGCAGCGGGCGGUGCUGGUGGGCGUGGCCUCAGUCUUCAGACACCUGGUGAUGGGCGGGCUGCUGGUGGCGCUGGACUUCCUGGUGUUCUGGAUGCUGGAUCAGGUUCAGCACCAGGUGAAGGGGGACGUGGUGGCCAGAGCCCCAGUCACAGUGGCGGUGCAGGUGAACGGAUCCGGUUACGCCUCAGACAUCUUCAGAGACCUGGUGACUUCGUUUGACGUCCUGCAGCGAGGAAACGUGACGGUGAUCAGCAGGAAGUGUCUGCUGGAGCCGUCAGAGCCGGACUACAUCACAUGUUUCAUCCUGGGGCUCCUGUUGGGUCUGGCUCUGCUCGUCUCUGUGACCGCAGGAUUUGUGCAGCGCUGCAGACGACUUGUCUGUGCCUCAUAUCAUCCAGAGAGAGAGCUGGAGAGGAUCCGGUUCCUCCGGCAGCAGAUCCUGGAUCAGAGGAGAGAGGUGGGGAGAGCCCUGAGGAGGUCUGCAGCCAGGAGCCGAGCUGACCGAGGAGGAGGAGGAAGAAAGAGUUGCCUUCAAACUCUGCUGCUGCGGUUACCUGGAGGCGUUCACCUGUCUCACCUGCUGGGUCUGUCAUCAGUCAGCUGUUUGUCCUGUGGUGAGGUGCUGAGACAGGACGAGGAAAACAUGGCCGCCUGUGAUGUCCCACAGUGUCCAGGCGUGUACUGUCGGCCAUGUUUCCACAGUUUGGGAAACACGUGUGUCGUCUGCACGCGACCUCUGACCUGCCAGGAAGACAGCGAGGACGAGCUAGGCUCCAGUGAUGAUGAGGAGCAGCUGAACUCGACUCACAUCACUGACGGGAAACUGAUAAGGAGGACGGUCUCCACGGCAACCCGCCGAAAACCAGCUGAAGGCUCAGAGAGUCAAAUGAGAACUGUAAAGGAUGAAGGGGAGAGUGACAGCAGAGCUCUCAUCAGUGUUCACUCUGAGCUCAGUGAAGCAGACAUGACAUGCCAAGGCCGCCCAGCGUCAGACGACAGCGACGACUCCUUUGACUCCACCGGCUCUACGAAAACCAGCAGCCUCCAAACUGUCAUCGUACACAGACCGGACUGUCCACAAGGCCUCCAGGACUCUCCAGGACCAUCCAGGACCCUCCAGGACCCUCCAGGACCCAGUCCCUAACCCCAUGACUGAGAACAGU